GUAUCCCUUUUCCAUACUAUACAAACAUGUAGUAAUAACUAAUACGUGGUCCUAGCAGUGUAUUUAAUCUCCAUAACCUCUUGAAUUCUCAAAUCUACCUAACCCCAUGCUCCUAUAGACCCACAAUUUGAAUAAACAUUCAAUUCCGAUGUUAAAAUGAAAACAACAUUUUCUACACCCACCCUCAUAAGGGUAACGUAAAGAAGAAACUUUCAAAACCAUAGCGUGGAACUUCAUUUUCCCACAUAUUCCAUCUUAACUCGUCAGCAGUAGUACUCCAUGGAAAAGAAAAACCCUAGAGCUAUUGUUGAUGAAUUGUCUUUAGUUAAAGCAGCUGCAUGGGCAUGGUUCCAACAUGGCUCCGGCUCCGAUGGGAAACCUAUGCGUGAAUUUGAUCUUACGAGGUUUAAGAGUGUUCCAAAGCCAUCGAGGUACAAGUUACAGGCCGUUAAACAAGUUCAAGAAACUAAAGAUUCAUCUGGUUCAACAUUAAGUGUUUCUAAUAAUUCUCUUCUUGAUAAGUAUGAGAUAGAGAGGAUAUCAAGGCAGCUAGAUUCGUAUAUAGAGUCUAGUCAUGCACAGCACUACGGCGGGGUUUAUGUCGGUGAUUCAGACGAAAAGGGCACUGUGGUGGCGGUCGGAGAAAGUGGCAGCGGGAUUGGAAUGAAGAGUAAGCAGAAGAAAAUGAAAGAAAUAUUAAAAGGGUACUUUUGGUUUAGGCAUUCAGUGGUUUGUGGUUCAAGACACGAUGUGGUAGAAAAUAGAAGUUUUGGGCAUCUACACCGGCUGCGGCGACAAGAAAAGCACAUGCCGUGAAUCCUGUAGUAGCGGUGAGCAAAGGUCCGGUUCUAAAAACCCGGAAAUGAAUAUUGUCAAAGUAGGAAUAAGAAUUGAUAUUAUUGUAAAUGGAAGCAUUUCGUUGAUUAUUAUGUCAUUUCUCGUCUCUGAAUGCCUAGUGCCUUGAAGAUGCAUUGUAGGUGCUUCAUUUUCUUUUUCAUUGAGGUCGAGCCUAAACAUGUGCUCUUGCUCAAAAAAUAGCUAUCUAUACAUGUUGUUAAGGUAUGUAUGAAUUCUCGAAUAGAGAGGAUCGUGGUGUUUUCUUAGACUGUUUAAAUCUCAUGAAUGAAUCGAAAGUUGAAUUUAUAUU